AAAGAAAAUAUUGACUUCAACGGCAAACAUGCGAUAAGGGUAAGGGAAGCAAAAAUGUGGUUGUCAAGCUUCUUAGCUUCUCCCAAACUUACUCUAUUGCCAUCAUCUUCUUCUUCUUCUUCUUCCCCUGCACAUCCAAAGAUCCAAACUCUCCUCUGCUUUACUCAAAAUCCUUCGUCCACUGUUGGGAUCAAUGUCAGCAAGAGACACUUAAACAUCUCGAUUCUCACGCUCUUGUUCAAUGGUGGGUUCUUGCUGGAUAAGGCAAAGUCCAUCUCAGAAUCAAGAGAUCAUCUUCAAACAUACACUGAUUCAAAGGAUGGCUUCACUCUUCUCGUUCCCUCUUCUUGGAUUAAGGUGGAGAAAGCAGGAGCCAAUGUUCUGUUUGAAGAACCAGACAAGCGAAGCAACAACAUAGGAGUUGUGGUCAGUCCUGUCCGUAUAAACAGUCUUCAAGACUUUGGCUCUCCUCAGUUUGUAGCUGAUAAACUCAUCAACGCAGAAAAGCGAAAGGAAAGCACAAAGGAAGCAGAAGUUGUAUCAGUAGGAGAAAGGUCAGGACAAGGACAAGUGUAUGAGUUUGAAUACAAAAUUGAUAGCACGAGAGGAGGUAUCAAAAGGGUUUUCUCGGCUGCUUUUGUGAGCUCUAAGAAGCUUUAUCUAUUGAACGUUGUUCAUUCAGACAAUCCAGAGAAUCCAUUGGAUUAUAGUACGAGGUUGUUGCUAGAACAAGUUCUUCACUCCUUUGAUGCUUUACCUCUCACAUAACCCAUCUUUCUUGUAAAGCCCAUUUUCUGUUUAUGGGUUUAUUUUUGGAUUGAUGGGCUUAUGUUUCAAUCUAUAAAACCCAAUAAGUUUGAAAUUUCUUUGCGGUGGCUUACGUAACUUCCUCUAUUUUUAUUUUAUUUAUGAUAAAAGCAUUCUUUC